AUGCAGGACGCGGCUCCAGAGCAGGGUCAUGGCUGCUUCUCCUUCCCCCUUGGGGCUGGGCUUGUACUCUCAGCACAUCUCUCGGUAUCGGGUGCGGCACGCGGUCAAACCACAGGUUGCAGAGCUCAAAGACACUGACGGCUCUGGAGCCUCUGAGUGAGGAGGGGAGAGGUCCUGCUGUGCAAUGGAGGAGGCAAACCCCACCCCCAUGGUGAUAACGGCCACCACCGACUUCUACACCUGGGAGUACAGCGUCUCGUGGGAUGACGGCACGCUGCCUGAGCUGUGUGAGAAGCAGGCAGUGCAGGGCUUCGCCCGCACCUACCAGCCGGCCAUCUACCUGCUGCUCUCGCUGCUGGGCACGGUGGGCAACGGGCUGGUGCUGCUCACACACACCCGCUACCGCCGGGCACGCAGCAUCACCGACGUCUGCCUGCUGCACCUGGCCCUAUCUGACCUCCUGCUGCUGCUGACGCUGCCCUUUGCCGUCACUGUGAUGCUGCAGGGCUGGUCCCCAGACACAGCUGCCUGCAAGGUGCUGCAGGGCGUUUAUGCCCUCAACUUCUACAGCGGCUUCCUCUUCCUCACCUGCAUCAGCAUGGACCGCUACGUGGCCAUUGUGCGGGUGCCAGCCGCGUGCCGCCUGCGCCCACGGGCUCGUCGCCACGGCUGGCUGACGGUGGGCCUGGCCUGGCUGCUGGCCGCGCUGCUGGCACUGCCGCAGUUCGUCUACGGCAAAGCAGAACAGCACCAGGACCUGCACAUUUGCCGUGUUGUUUUUCCCCCGGCAGUGUCACGGGCAGCACGGGGAGCCACCAACCUCACGCAGGUCGUGCUGGGCUUUGCCGUGCCCUUUGCGGUGAUGGCAAGCUGCUACACGGCUGUGGCUCGGACGCUGCUGGCGGCUCGUGGUGCUCAGCCCCACCGGGCGCUGAGGGUGCUGCUGGCCCUUGUGCUCGUGUUUGUGGCCCUGCAGCUGCCCUACAGCUUGAUGGUGCUGCUGGACACAGCCGAGCUGCUGGCCAGCUGGGAGCUGAGCUGCGCACAGAGCCGCCGCAAGGACCUGGCGCUGCUGGUCACCAGCGGGCUGGCAUCCCUGCGCUGCUGCCUCAACCCACUGCUCUAUGCCUUCUUGGGCCAGCGCUUCCGCCGCGAGCUGUGGCUGCUGGCCAGCGAUGCCGGCUGUGUGGGGAACAUCGACCCGCGCUGCCCCGGCUGCCCCAGUCCUCGCCAGCGCUCAUCACUCUCCACCUGCCAAGAUGUGGCAUAGGAAUGUAGUGCCGUGCCCAGGGCAGGCGGCAGCAUCCGUGGGACUCAAAACCCCCCAGAGAAAGCCUGAAUGGCCCCAGGAGUCCCUGGAGCUACUGAUAAGGGCAGGACAGACAGACUGUGUCCUGGGCAGAUGGAGACGACGCCUCGUGUGCAGAGCCCAGUGCCAGCACUGGGGAAACGUGCCCAGCUGCAGGGAGACCAUGCAAUGUCACAAGUGGUUGGGGGUGCACGCCACAAGGGCACCAUGCAGUGCCAUGCAUGCCCCAGUAGGACCGUGCAUUACUGUGUGAGUGGGACUGCAAUGCCACAGGGCAGCGCCUUCCACCUUCGU